AUGUCCAGAAUUCUUCCCCAUAACAGUAGUUCUCGUUGGUCGUGCGAAGAUUCAGGCAAAGUCAAAGUUGGCGCGGCAUCUAAUAGUAGCAUCCCAAAGGAGAUCAACAAGGUGAAGACGACUCAGCUGACGUGCAGCGUUGAAUACUUUAUCAGAUCUGCCCUCGCAGCGCAGUACAUGCAAGCUUGCCAGCAGCUAAGCGGAGGAUGCGAUAUAGACGCGGUAUAUGUGUCAUCGAGUUCACGAGAAGGGGUUCUGACAAACGAAACUGCCGAGGGCCAAUUAUCUGUUUCUCUUUCCUUUCUUAGCGACAAGAAUAAUCUGGAAUACGUUAGCACCGGGCUGAACUAUGCCGGCGAGAUCUAUCAGACUCAUGGCGGUAACGCGCUAAUGUACCCCGUAUCCGUCAGAGUUCGGAGUGCUCCGUACGGAGUACUCCGUACUAAGAAUUACCUAUCUGGUUCUGUAGCCUACCCUGUAAGUUCUAAAUUUCUUUUUAUCGGCCGGCUAUUUCUGCUAGCUCUUCACACUGCUGCUAACUCACUGGAUACGACUAUAUUAAUUUUUAUUUGGGACCACUCCAUCCUGGAAGAGAGGUGUCAUGUCCCUGGACCAGCAACUGCAUACAAAUACGUCAUCGUCACAUGGACGGCCCCGCCCUCGGCCGCCCGCCCGCACCCCGGUGGAUCUCCGACCGCGCUGCAGUUCCAGACCGGUGAUACACUGCCUCAUGGCGACUCUCCAAACCUCGAACUGGUUCCUGCCACCCCCGAGGAGCGCCUCGAGGUUCUCCGGCUGAACAGCGCUGCAUGGAAGGGCCCCCUCAGUGUCGAGAAGUAUAUUGAACGUGAGGACCAUCUGAGCAAGCAGAAUCUCACGCGGGAUGGCGGACUUACAAUAUGGAUCCUGGUUGAUCCAAGACAACAGCCGGGCAACAGGACCAUCCUCAGCUCCUGCGAAACGCUUCGAAAGCCCGCCUUUUUGGCGUACGACGGAAAGGUCGAAGAUAUCAUAUGCCACGGCAUAGGAAGCGUCUUUGUGCGGCCAGAAUUCAGAGGAAGGGGCUACGCCGGAAGGAUGAUGCACGAGCUGGGCAAGAAACUUGACACCUGGCAGGCGGAAAAGCUGCCCAGAAAGAGAGGGGUUUUCUCCGUGCUGUUCUCCGACGUCGGCAAGAAGUUCUAUUUUAGAUACGGGUGGAAACCUUUUCCAUCAUCGCAUAUCACUCUUCCGCCAAUCACAAUGGAAGAAUACAAGAAGCCGAUCGCAUCUGCGGGCGCCGACAUCCCUGAAGCAAGGCCGUUGACGGCGGAAGAUGUGCGGCAAUUCAUGUGCAGCGACGCUGUCAUUGGAAAGGAACGCGAGCUUCUGCGAGCAGCCUCUGAAAAGUCACCAGGAGCAAAAGUGGGCAUUUCCCCUGAUUAUGACCACAUGCUCUGGCACUGGGCCCGUGAAGAGUUCUAUGAAGAAAACAAUGUCUUCAGCAAGAAAUCGCCAGUGGUGAAGGGCGCCGGUGUCGACAGUCGGAACGUGUACUGCGCCUGGACAAAGACACUCGGAGAAACUCCCAAGUCUCAUGCUCUGUACAUAUUGCGGUGGGUAUAUGACGAACCCACGACAACGUCGCAGGAACAGGCCACAAUCGAGGCGAUGGCUGCAGUCCUCCGACGCGCCCAGCUUGAAGCACAUGAAACAAACAUGAGCCGUGUCGAAUUUUGGAAUCCGACCCCGUUGAUGGUGAAAGCAGCUCAAAUGCUGAACCCCAGUGCCAGCGUCGUGCACCGAGAAGAAAGUAGCAUCACCAGUUUGAAGUGGAACGGUGCUGAACAGGGACUGGGGAAUGACGUGGAGUGGUUCUGGAAUGAGAAGUACAGCUGGUGCUGA